UCAUAUAGGUAAAAAAAAAAAAACAUGUGGGGGAAGGGGGCGGAGUUUACUGUGUCUAUGACAAAAAGAGAAAACAGGUCACAUCAGUCAAGAGGACAAUGGAUGAAGCAUCUCUACUACGUCUGCUCUUUCUGACUUCAAUGCUUUGCUGGACAACAAACCUAGCUCGUCUGACUGUGAGUCCCAGCAGCUCUCAGUUCUUUGAAGGAGACUUUGUGUCUCUGAGCUGUGAGGAGGACGACAGCUCUGCUGGAUGGACUCUGAGGAGAAACACAAGGAGAGACACCAGAGCUGAGUGUGAGGAGUGGGGAAAAUUAACUGAUUCUUCCUGUAACAUCACUGGCUUCCACAAACUGGACAGAGGUGUUUACUGGUGUGAGUCCAGAGAGGGUCCCAUCAGUAACAUGGUUAACCUGACAGUCACUGGUGGAUCAGUGAUCCUGCAGAGUCCUGUCCUCCCUGUGAUGGAGGGAGAUGACGUCACUCUGCUCUGUAAAACAAAGACCACUCCCUCCAACCUCCCAGCCAUUUUCUUCAAAGAUGGCGUCUUCACUGGGAAAGACUCCGCAGGUCACAUGACCAUCCAGCAUGUUUCCAGGUCUGAUGAAGGCCUCUACAAGUGUGACAUCAGCGGUCAUGGAGAGUCUCCAUCCAGCUGGAUCACUGUCACAGAGAAACACACCACCACACCUCCACCUGCCUCUUCUGCUGGUUCCUCUCCACUUGUCCCCGUGUUGCUGACAGCUGGAACAGUCUGUGUUGUGUUAGUAGUGAUGUUACUGGUUGUUUUGGUGGAACGACAUGUUGACAGGAAACUUAAAGAGAGUGAUGCAGCUGCAGUCGACUCAGCAGUGAGAACAGAAGAUGUCACUUAUGGAGAAAUCAUCAUCAAAGAGAAGCAAGAAGAGGCAACUAUAAAAUGGUCAUGUGGGUGGGUUGGAGGCCUAAAACAGAGAGACAGAAAACCGUUCGCACUCACAUUCACACCCUCCUUUUACAAUCAUCAUUUAACCCACUAACUGUGUGUCUUUGGAUUGGGGGAGGAAGCCAGACUACCUGGAGGGAACUCAAAAAUAUGGCAGUGGGCUCUGGCUAUACACAAUACACAAAACCCCCACCCCACCAAAUAACAGUUAAAUAGGCGUUCAUUUUUCACAGCAGUUUCUCUAACUUUUGAAGGAGUCAGCUAAAUGGAGCUGGAGUGGUAAACUUUUCUGGAGCCUUCCCCUCAUCCUAGUCUUCAGUCUUGCAAUAAAUGCAAUAAUGUGAGCUCACUUGCUGGAACGUGUUAGGAGUCUAUCUGCAGCAGUUUGGGUUGCUUGGAGGUGUAAAAGCCAGUAAACAGUUCAGUAAUCUUUGAACGAUGACACAAAUGCACUCACAAGUUUCUCUAGUUCAGAGGAGGAGACUACAAUUCUCGGUUUAGAAAUAUUCCAUAAAUGAAGAAAACGG